CAGUAAGAGGGUAUGUCAUAUGCCUACCAUUUAUUAAGAUAUCCUUGUUUAGUUUCUUUGACAUUCAGAGGCAGAAUUGGCUUGGAAAGUAAUCUAAUACUGUCACUAUCCAUCGACUAAGCUAUUCACUUUCUGUACAAUAGAAGAUGUUUAAACCCAGACAGCUUUCAGGGAAACACUUGUGACCUUUUCUCACCGGGUUAAGCCACGGAUGAAGAGUUCUCAGCGUUAAAGCUUACAUUUUUCUGCAUCGGUAGGCCUACUCUGUCUGGGGUGGAAAUGUAGGCCUAACUUUUGAAAGUACCAUCAGCAGAUUCCUAAUGAUGUCUCAGAUUUAAUUAUUUGGAAACAGGGACAGUUUCCUUGCAAACAAGACACUGAUUUGGCAUUGGACAAAUAUGAUAAGAUAAGCACAUAGGCCUAUCUCUCUGUCCAUUCAUAGCCUGUAAAUUUGGUCAUUUGUGUGGUAUUUAAAAAAUGUAUGCUGUUCUGCAAAUACGAUGAUAGCUUCAUGCAAUGGUUAUAAAGGAGAUAUUUCCACCUCUUGUCCACGGUGGUCUGCGAACCCACAAGCUGCUCCGCAGCCCUGUGCUCUAUCAAAAUUAAUGUCAUAUUGACAGGACCGAAGAACAGUUUCUAAAGCUCUGGUCUGUCCAAGAAGUGAGUGUAAACGCUAGAUAUGUUCUCUGCUAUCCACUUUGUUUCAAUUAUUAUUUUUGUAUAGUGAAGGGUCACUUGUUUUUUUCUUUUCAAUCGUUCAGGGAGGAUUUAGGUAAAAUAUAUUUUGUUCAAACAGGUCCGAUUUUCUCCAUGUAACCCUUAUUAUAAAUAACGUUCACUCCCUAAUGAGACUCUCAGGGGAACGUUCUCUAAAGUUGUAAGAACUGUUGUUGUUAGCUGGGUCGUUAUACUAUUUUGGUCUGGUCUUUUGAUAACAGAUGAACUGGCGUUGAGCGCUUUAAUGUUACUUUGCUGCCAUCUAGUGCAAUGUAUCGUUACUUUAAGUGACCCUUUGAUAUCGUGAAUUGUCACACUCGCAAAUGUAUUUUGAUAUUUUGCUUAUAGCCCCGUAUCAAAUGCAACCAUAGCUCAAUGUCACCCGUUUUACGUUGAGUAAUUCCAUUCAACGCAGUGCCAAAGAUGUGUUUAACGUUGCUUAACUUUCAGGUCUGCUUACGUAAUCGCCUGUCAGUGGUCGCUUUACGGUAGAUCGUGGAGGUCAGAGAAGCACGAUGAAAAGGCUAACCCAACUAUAAUAUACAAAAAGCUGAUAAUUUCAAUAUCUAACUACCUACAGUAAGACAGCGUACAACACUAUUGAAACGUGAACAUAUUACUGCGUUUUAGAUACUAGGAAAUAUCGCCAACGUUAUUGCUUUUGGCUUGCAUCAUCACGUUUGGUCAGCUAGGCUAAUGUUAGCUAGUUAGCUAGCUAACCCAACCAGCAUCUCCAGCCCGAAGCGUUCGCAGGGUGAGUCUCCAAAUCGUCACCAUACAUGGACAAUAACGCCCCUGGGUCGGGAGGGAAAGGCGGCCUCGGGAGUCUCUUUGGAGGCAGCGAAUACUCCAACACAGAGCUCGCCGGUGUCCCAUUGACUGGAAUGAGCCCCCUGUCGCCUUAUCUUAAUGUUGACCCCCGCUACCUCGUACAGGACACAGAUGAGUUCAUCCUGCCAACAGGGGCUGGUAAAACUAGAGGGAGGUUUGAACUGGCCUUCUUCACCAUCGGGGGCAGCUGCAUCACAGGAGCUGCGUUUGGGACAGUGAAUGGUCUGAGGAUGGGGUUGAAGGAGACCAGAGAAAUGGGCUGGACUAAACCGCGUAACGUCCAGAUUCUCAACAUGGUGACCCGACAAGGUGCAUCCUGGGCCAACACUCUGGGCUCUGUUGCCUUAUUGUACAGUAUAUUUGGCGUGGCCAUAGAGAAGGCUAGAGGAGCAGAGGAUGACAUCAACACUUUGGCUGCUGGGACUCUCACAGGCAUGCUGUUCAAAUCCACAGGAGGGCUGAAGGGAGUGGCUCGUGGUGGUCUGGUGGGGUUGGCCAUGUCUGGUGCCUACGCUCUCUACAGUAACUGGGACCAUAUCAGAGGCGGCUCCUCUUCUUCAAAUCUCUACUGAACACAUCCCUAUCUAUUGCGUUUCAUCCAAAAUUCCACCCUAUUCCCUACUUGGUGUACUACUUUUGGCCAGAGUCUCAGGGAAUAGGUUACCAAUACUCAAACCCUCCCACAAAUAUCGCCAGCCCCUUCCCUUGUUCACUUCCUGACUUGAGAGGGUUCUGGGAUAUUGGAGGCAUGACUGAGAUGUCAUUAAACCAUGGACUAAAUGACCUCCAAGAAACACCCCUCCCCAAACAACUGCCCUUGCUGCCCCCCCCAGCCCUGUCCUUCUGGGUUACCUCCCUUCUCACACACACAGAUCUGAAAAGGCCUCACGCUAUUUCCAAGGGGUUUAUGUGUUAUUGUAUUGGGAACUGUUUUUAGAAAUGUAUCUUAUGUUAUAUUAUUGAAUGCUACGUCUAGUAGCCUGGAAGAGGGAAAGAGUCAUGUAAAUAGUAUGUCCAUGUUAAGAGUAUAUGCUAAGUAAAUGGAUACUGGGGCCCUGUUGUAAUCAUUUUUACAUGCCUCCUCCCUCCCUGUGAAGUGAUCACUCAUCUGACAUGACUGGAGUGAUGAAAACAAUUCAGUGGAAAUCGGUUAACAGCUAUCCAGUCAUGUCUGGUCAGUGAUACAUCCACCCUUCCCCUCCUUGAAGUUAUCUGAACAUCUCGGCUGGUGUUACUGACUGGUUAUUUUACGAGGUUGCCCACUUGACUCACGACUGUGUUAGUCCCCUGAGGUAAAGCCAAAUGGUUUAGUACAGGGAGCGAACGCAAGGUUACUCAUCUAAGCAUGGUUCAUUGAACCACCUCUGCAACACUGGUCUAAGACACAACCAGAGAGCUUCUGGAAGCCAUGAUUGUAGUCCUUUGCUUUUAUGUGACUGUGGGUUGUAGUCCUUCAGAUACAGAACAAGACUUCUCAUGAAGCUGAAGAGCAAAGAGACAUUCAUCCCAGCACACACCCUUACCUAGGCCUUACAAUCAAAACUGUUGUAAUGUAUUUAUUCAUAGUGGGUACUAUUUUCCUGUUAAGAGUUGGAGUCGAUGCUUGCCUUUCUAAAAGUUACUUCCAAACAGUACUGGAAGUGUCUGUAUUAUCUAUUUGUGUCCUUGCCUGUUAAGCCCACUGUAAGAACAAUACAACAAACAUUCAAAAUGAUAAUAUGCUGCCUUGGAUCUUGGUCAGUUGUGCUCAUGCUGCUUGUGUUGUGAAAGCCUGUAGAUGGGGUUAGGGGUGGGAUAUGCUAUUGUGACUGACUGACUGACUGGGUUUGAACCCAGAUUGUGUGCCCGCUACACUAUUGGUAUCAGUCAGUAAGCUAAACUAAGUGUUCUACAGUAUAUUUGAAAGAAGAGGUUCACAAUGUUCUGCUUUUUCUGCCAACUUUAUUGUCUGACAGACUGCAUGAUGGGAGUUAUAGUCAGGAAAGAGUACAACCAGGAAGUGGAACAUUCGUUGGGGAUGUGGUGGAGGUCAAGGUGUCAUACAUGCCAUACAAAUUGCAGAUACUGUAUGUUCCUUUGCAUGCACCAAUGAAAUGGGAUAACAUGAUUCUGAAUGUAAUAUUGAAGGACAAAAUGCUCCAGACAAAAUCCAUAGGUUAUAGACAUAAAGCAUUGAAUUGUUGACUUGAGUGUGAUUCUGAAACAAAUUGUCCAUAACAUACACAUUAAGUGGAUGGUGACUCGAGUACUUUCAGAGACACAAAGCCUGAAUAACACAGGAUUUAACACAGAUUACAGCAUCGUGACAGGUGGCUUGAUUUAAUGAAAUGCUGAUGAUCAGUACAAUGUUGAUUGUAAAAUGUCUUCAUUCAAAUGUUGUCUGAUGUCACUGUAGUGACUCACAGGUUAUGGACACAGGAGAGGGGUGUGUGGCCUGAGGCAAUAUGGUAUCUCGCACAAAAAAUAAAUGCUAUAGUUUUGGGGUGUG